GCAUUUCCACAGACCUUUUAUCAGAACCGUAAAGAUGACAUUACAUUGCUCAAUGAUAGAAUAUGAUCGACGGCAAGUUAAUAAAUAGUUGAAUUUUUUUAAAUUUAAACAUAGUAACGCCGAGUUCUUUUUGAAACUUAUAUAUUUUUAUAAUUCAUUGGACGCAAUUUAUAAAUAAAUAUAACCAACAUUUAUGGGUGUUCUUUAAAUUUAUUAAUUAUUAAUCUUUUUUUAAAAAAUAUUAUAAUAAAAAUGGUAAUUAUGACGUGGUUUGAAAUCCUUGAUGGGCAGAUUAACCCUGACUGGAGAACUAAAGAUUGGCCAAUGAUGUCGACAACUGCAAUCCCUGUAUUAUUAGCUGUAAUAUAUAUUAUUUUUGUCAAAUUUGUUGGUCCAAACUACAUGGCAAAUAAAAAGCCCUACACACUUAGAACAGCAUUAGCUAUCUACAAUACAGGGCAAAUAUUGGCUUGUAUAUAUCUUACUGUGGAGUAUUUCAAAACAAAACCAAAAAUGGGGUGUGAUCCUUUAGAUGUCUCAGAUGAUCCAACCGCAUUAUACGCAGCAAAACUAGUAUGGUGGACGACAAUUUUAAAAUUAUCUGAAUUCAUUGAAACUGUUUUCUUUGUACUUCGAAAAAAACAAAAUCAAGUUUCUGCACUCCACAUAUACCAUCACAUAACAACUUUUUUUUUAAUAUGGAUUGCUUCAAGAAUAAAUCCAGGCGGUAUUGUACGGAUACCUGUUAUGUUAAACAACAUGGUGCACAUGGUUAUGUAUUCAUAUUACUUAUUAUCAUCAAUGGGUCCAGGAAUACAAAAUAAAAUUAACAGUUACAAAAAGUACAUUACUAUCAUACAAAUGGUACAAUUUUGUAUCUUGAUCGUUAAUUCGAUAUUUUAUUUGACUCCUGGCUGCCAAGUACCUAAUAUUUACGGAUUGGUUUUUAUACCUAAUGUGUUUAUUGUAUUUUAUAUGUUUUACGAUUUUUAUAGAAAAUCAUAUACAAAAAAACCUAUAGAUAAUCGCAAUAGUACAAAAAUUAACAAUAAUAAUAAUAACAACAAUAAUAAGAUUAAAGGAAAGCUUUAAACAUGAUUAUUUAUAACAUAGUUGAUUAGAAAUAAUUGUUUAUAUUUAAUAUACGUAGUUGAGAGGCAUUUUAUUAUAAAACCUAUACGUUUUACAUGCUAUAACUAUUCUUUAAUAAGUUCAAUUAAAUGAUUUUAAAUGUAUAACUUUAAAAAGAUCUAUAACUAUUAUUUAACAAUUUAUGUAUCAUCAUCAUUAUUUAUUAUCGCUAUUUUCUACAAUAUAUAUAGUUUAAUAAUUUAGAUAUAAUUUAUGUAUUUUAUAAAUUAUUUAUAAGUAUAAUGAACACAUAGAUACAUUUAUUCAAAUAAUAAAUUCAUUAAACACACUAAGUAAAAUUCAAUAUCA